AUGCUCGGUAAAUUAGUGAACAAAUUCAAGAAACAUUCACUGCAAGAGGAAAUAACAAGCAAUACUGCUUCACUCGGGUCUGCUCCUAAUAAUGUUAAUCUUGGAAUUAAUAGAACAACGGCAACAGUGCCAACUGGAGUUAUAGUACCACUACUUCAGCAACCAAGUCGUCGAAGUGCUCGAAUAAGUGCACUUUAUGAGGACAAUACUGCAUUGGUGAUGAUUGACUCGGGAACCGAAUCAGAUGACGAUGAAUUAGAACAGCUUGAUUCAAAUCUGAACAGAGCGCCUUCAACGGAUAUAAUGGGAAGCAGUCCACCAAAUCUGACCAGCUCACCGCCUCUAGCUAGUGAAUUCGAAACAGAUAGCUGGGACAGUACAGGCUGUGAAUCUGGUAUUGUGUUGCACGACAGAAGUAGUGAAAUCAGCGAAGCAUCACAAGAUAAUAUUUUGGACGAACUUAUAAGGGGUACUAAUUGUAUCACAUCAACAGCAACAACAAUGUCUUUGAUGAAUGCGGGUAAAAUUAAUGAAGAUAUUGUAAGUACGAAUGGAUCUAACAAUGCUGACUCAGGGAAAGCUGAAACGGGAGCAUUCCGUCCAGUUACUAGAAGACGUUACACUCAGAAUGAAUCGAAUCAGGAGUCUGGAACGAUGAGUGACAAAAAUAUUGCACUCGAUUUGAUGUUUAACGAUCAUCACCAGUCACAAUCACAACAACAAGUAGUAACCCAUGGAAUAAUUGGGGAGAAACGUCGAUACGAAAGUAUAGCAACGAAAUUUCGUUUUGGUCGUGAAACUACCAAAUCACCGUCCUCUCCGAUUGCAAUGCGACUUCGUAGUUACAAUAGCAGUGGCAAUGGUGACAAUUCACGUGAGACACUUGUUGCGGCACGUCGACAACCGGUCAAAGUGAUUAUUCAUAAUCCAGGUGUUCGACGUUCAUCUCUAGCUUCUACAGCAGCCAACUAUCACCAUCAUCAGCAGUCGAAUAAAACAGAUUCCGCUAAUGAACUUGAUGCGUUGCCCGCGCAUCCACUGAAACGUGGUCGUAUGAUCAGCAGCGGUCGACCAUCGCUGGAUUUCGAAAAAAUGCGAGAGCGCUUAGUAGUAAGCAAUGUUUGUGGCAUUGGAUCUCAAGAAUUCGUCGAUUCAGCGAUGGGUAAUAGUGAUAAAGACAUCGAAAAACGAAAACAGGAUUGGGCGUUGACAACUUUUACCUCAGGCGGACGUCGCUGUCCACAGCACCAACAGGUGCGCUGCCAACAAACCGAUUGCACAUUCCGACCCGUCGAUUGUGACGGUACACAAACGGGUGGUGGUGGUGGUGGUGGUGGUAGUAAUAGUAGUAGUAAUGGUGACCAGUGA